CUCAAGCGUUCUGGGGAUUGUACUCGGGGACCAGAAAGGAGCUCUUUAUCGUUUCAUUCUGCAGAGCUGAAAACAAACUUUUACCAGCUGGCUUUUUUUUCCUCCCCCUUCUCUCCUUGCAAGUGCGGAUCCGUUUGCAGAAAACACACUGACCCAGGGAGUCUUGCAAGAAGCUCGUGCGUAAAGACACUCGCUGUCCAAAUCGGUUUUACGCGCGGCAACGGAGCGAGAGAGAAUCAGCUUUUUGCGCACUUUUCUGAGUUGACUGACUUUGCUUAGACGCAUCCUGGCAAGGUAAAGUCAAUUUAGAGGUUUUUCCUCUCGCGAGAAAGCAGAAUUAACUCUCCAAUUUCACGCGUAAUUUGGCACCAACAAGUUUUUCGUAUGAAUCUCCUCGACCCCUACCUGAAGAUGACGGAGGAACAAGACAAGUGUCUCUCUGAUGCCCCGAGCCCGAGCAUGUCCGAGGACUCCGCGGGCUCCCCGUGUCCCUCCGGCUCGGGCUCCGACACCGAGAACACCCGGCCGUCUGAGAACGGGCUGCUCAGAGCGGACGGAACCCUGGCCGACUUCAAAAAGGACGAGGACGAUAAGUUUCCCGCUUGCAUCCGCGAGGCUGUGUCCCAGGUGCUCAAGGGUUACGACUGGACCCUCGUGCCGAUGCCGGUGCGCGUAAACGGAUCUACUAAGAACAAGCCUCACGUUAAGAGACCGAUGAAUGCCUUCAUGGUGUGGGCUCAGGCUGCUCGGAGGAAGCUGGCGGAUCAGUACCCGCACCUUCAUAACGCGGAGCUCAGCAAAACUCUGGGCAAACUCUGGAGACUUCUCAACGAAGGGGAGAAGCGGCCGUUUGUGGAGGAGGCUGAGCGGCUCCGGGUGCAGCACAAGAAGGAUCACCCGGACUACAAAUACCAGCCCCGGCGGAGGAAGUCGGUGAAGAACGGACAGAGCGAGCAGGAGGACGGCAGCGAGCAGACGCACAUUUCCCCCAAUGCCAUCUUCAAAGCUCUCCAGCAGGCGGACUCUCCGGCUUCCAGCAUGGGAGAGGUGCACUCUCCUGGUGAGCACUCAGGCUCCCAGGGUCCCCCUACUCCCCCCACCACCCCAAAGACUGAUGUCAGCUCAGGCAAGAUGGACCUAAAGCGUGAAGUGGGCCUCCGCUCUCUGCCCGAUGGCCCCAGUGGACGCCAGCUCAACAUUGACUUCCGUGACGUGGACAUCGGCGAGCUGAGCAGCGAUGUCAUCUCCCACAUUGAGACCUUUGACGUCAACGAGUUUGAUCAGUACCUCCCACCCAACGGUCACCCGGGCUCCGCCAGCGGCCCUGGCAACGCCACGCCAGUCAGCUACACUGGCAGCUACAGCAUCAGCAGCGGAGCCCCAGUCAGCCCUCAGGCAGGAGGUGCGGCAGCCUGGAUGGCUAAAAGCCAGAACCAGCAGGGACAGCAGCAGCAGCAGCAGCAGCACACCCUGACCACCCUGGGGAGCAGCGGCGGCUCAGAAGCGGCUCAGGCCCAGCACAGGACCCAGAUCAAGACGGAGCAGCUGAGCCCAAGCCACUACAGCGAGCAGCAGGGCUCCCCCCAGCACGUCGCCUACAGCCCCUUCAACCUGCAGCACUACAGCCCCUCCUCCUCCUACCCGGCCAUCUCCAGGGCGCAGCAGUACGACUACUCCGACCACCAGGGGGGAGGCACCACCGCCUCCUACUACAGCCACGCGGGGGCGGGGCAGGGCUCGGGGCUGUACUCGACUUUCAGCUACAUGAGCAGCCCCAGCCAGAGGCCCAUGUACACUCCCAUAGCCGACAACACGGGGGUCCCCUCCAUCCCGCAGAGCAGCCCCCAGCACUGGGAGCAGGCUCCGGUUUACACCCAGCUCACCAGACCCUGAGCCGCCCGGCAGAACUGAGACAUGUACAGCCACACACAUCCAACACACCCCGAAACACUUUACUCCAGGGAGAGUUCUUCCCCUGAAUCAGACACUUGAAUUCAAAGAAGAGGAGAGCUGGACUUGUGAUUGGCUCACGUAGUGCCUUGCUAUUGUAUCAUGAUAGAAACUAUAUAUAUAUUUUUAGAGAGAUGAAAAGACUUAAGAAAAUCCUCUGUGAGGACUUAUUGAUUGUUGAUAUUCCAGUAGGUACUGUGUAUGUUUCCUUUUUUUUCUUCAUAUGCUGGCAGUUUGUAACCCAUGGGGGCAUGGGGGUGGGAGGGAGGGUUAGGAUAAUUAUUUGUAUCUGUAGAUAUAAAACAAAAAAAGUUUUAUAUUGUUUUGUUUUCAAACCAGUUCAGCAACUAACCAUUUGCGGUAGUGCAGAUUCUGGUCCGAUUUUAAGAGUUUCUGUUUUGUUUUUUUUAUUACUUUGUCGCUUUUCAUGUGCCAUUCAGCAAGUAUGGUUUGUAUCGAAGCUGUCCAAGUCAAGUGUCGUCGGGAAAGCUAUUAGGCAAUACGAGAGCAAAGAGAGAGACUUGGUUUCACAAUGCUGUGCUGUGUUGAGAGGCGACGGGGGGAGAGGGAGAGAGAGAGAGACUGCAGCCCCCUUCCACCAUCCGUGCCUUGGAUUUUACAUUUUUCCCCAAAACUUUUUUGUAUGUGUGCGUGUGUUUGUGUGUGCGUGCAACGGCCACAGCUGAGAUUACACUUACCGUCCGACAGCGUGUGUUUGACAGCUACAGGAUGUCACCUCUGACCCCAUGGGUGUCCCCCUGCAGUCUCCCCCGCCCUUCCAAUGCUGGUGUCCAACACACUCCCCCCACUCAAGCUUCCCUCCCCACCCGUCCCAGGUCAAAUCCAGUUUUUAACAUUUUUUUAUUUAUUUAUUAGCAUUAACUUUAUUUCAAAGUAAUUAUUUUGCAUACUAUUCUUAUAACUAAUGAAUUGUCCUCUUUGCAAUGUAGACAGCAUAUAAAUUCCCCCCCUCUCCCUUUUGUUUGUUUUUGAUUUUCAACCCAGGAGGUACUUAGACAAAAUGGUACAUGCUGUAAUCACCCCCUUUUUUUUGUUUUUUUUUUGGUUUAUUUAUCUUAUCUAAAUGUCUAUUUUAAGUAUGUAUUUGCCUUUUUUUCUGAGGGUCAGGGGGAUUAUCUAACAAAAAUGCGUAUGGAUUAUUUGUUAUUUGUGAAUUUUCUUUGAGUUCGACUUUAAUCUAUGGCUGAAAGAACUGGAAAAUGGUAUCUCAGUUACACAGUUUUUCUGUUAGGCUUUUUUUUUUUUGUUGUUGUUGUUGUGCGAUCACCAGAGGGACCUUCCAUCCUCUCUGCUCUGCAAGCUCCAUUUCCUUUUCUCUCAGUAUCAAAGAACUGAUGUUUCCAAUACUCUUUUUUUUUUUUUCUCCUGCGAUCUCGCCAUGUAUUUGUACUGUCUUUAAAGAAUCUUUUGUAUAUGUAUUUGCAAUAAAAAAAGAAAAUGCUAUUAAAAAAAAAAA